AUGUCCGUGGUACGUAUCGCUGCCUUCUCUUCUUCCGCCUCCACUUCCUCCUCCUCAACCACGGCCGCAUUCUUCCGCGCAUACCGCCCGCCGCGCUACUUCCAGCGCUCCUACGUCCCAAGCGUGCGCCCCAGCUUCUUCACCCAGCCCGCCCGCCUGCGCCACGUCCGUGCUGCUGCAACCACCCCGUCAUCGCCCGUUGCCCCCAGACGCCAUGCGUCCAACGGUGGAGGCUCCGGUCCCCAGCGCGGCGCCGCUGGCGGCGGACCUCCCCGGGGACCGGGCGUGUGGGCGCCUAAGACGCGGAUAGCCAUUGGCGUGGUGUUCGUUGGGGCGUUGAUAUACUCGAUGGCUACCCAGGACGUCCAAAACCUCGAUGGCCUCUCGUUGGCCGAGCAGGACAAGCUCACAAAGCGCGAGUCGGGAGUGACGACGACGUCGCCGAUGCGACUGCGGAUGGAGAAGUUCAUUCACGAGCAGCAGAAGGAAAUCGUGGCGGCGCUGGAAGAGGUCGAUGGCAAAUUAUUCCAGGUGGACACGUGGGACCGGCCGCACGGCGGCGGCGGCAUCACCUGCGUGCUGCAGGACGGUAAUACUUUCGAGAAGGCGGGCGUCAACACGUCGGUGGUGUACGGCACGCUGCCCCGCGCAGCCAUUGCCAAGAUGCGCGUCAACCACAAGGCGCUCGACCCGGACGUCGAGAGCCUCGAGUUCUUCGCCGCCGGCCUGUCUCUCGUGCUGCACCCGUGGAACCCGAUGGCGCCGACGGUGCACCUGAACUACCGCUACUUUGAGACGUGCGACCCUCGCGACAACAACACGCACGCAUGGUGGUUCGGCGGCGGCUGCGACCUCACCCCCUCAUACCUGUUCGACGAGGACGCGAUCCACUUCCACAAGACGAUCAAGGACGUGUGCGACCGGCAUGACCGCGCCUACUACCCGCGCUUCAAGAAGUGGUGCGACGACUACUUCAACAACAAGCACCGCUCCGAGUCGCGCGGCAUCGGCGGCAUCUUCUUCGACGACCUGGACGAGACGGAGAAGGACCAGGAGCAGCUCUUCGCCUUCGUGCAGGACUGCCUGCGCGCCUUCGUCCCGCAGUACCGCCCCAUCAUCGAGCGCCGCAAGGACAUGCCCUUCACCGACGCCGAGAAGAACUGGCAGCAGAUCCGCCGCGGCCGCUACGUCGAGUUCAACCUCGUGCACGACCGCGGCACCAGCUUCGGCCUCAACACCCCCGGCAGCCGCGUCGAGAGCAUCCUCAUGAGCUUGCCCCUCACCGCGAGGUGGCAGUACAUGCACGAGCCCGAGAGGGGGAGCAGGGAGGAGCGCUUGCUGAACGUCUUGAAGUCGCCGCAGGAGUGGGUGUAG